AUGAACGACAAGUCCAUGUAUGCAAGAAAAUUUUCUGUAAUAUUUCUGUGUGUCAUAGCUUUUGUCACUUCAUUCUUGAUGAUUGCCAAUUAUCGGUCAACCAUGACACGAAAUGUUGAUUUACUCAAUAAUUUCCCGUCUUCAAUUCCUUGUGAUAAUGAUGACGAUGAAAAUAAUUCAAUCUUGAAGAAGAGAAAAAAUAGAAUUGCUGUGCUAUGGACUGGAGAUAUACGAUGGUUUGGUGGAGCAUUUAAUUUCAUGAGAAAUUGGUUUCUUGCACACAACGAAUUUCCAGAUUUAUUUAUUAACAUGUUCUAUAGGCAUCAUGGAGAAAAAGAUUAUUUUGAACAAAUUCAACCUUUCCUAAAACACCUCGUCAAGGCCAACCUUGAAAAAUAUGACCAAGAGGAAAUCAUGAAACGACUGGAACAUCAAUAUCCGAAUUUUUCUGUGUUUUUAGAGGAAUGCAAGAAAUACGCCUCACACGAUUCUUGCAGUCAUUGGUUUUAUUCCAGGUCGCAAAUUAGAGAGGCUUUUUCGUAUAUGGAACAACAUGAUUCUAAAAUGGUUGCCAAAAACAACUUGACAACAACCUCCUAUUAUGACAUUGUAUUUCGAUUAAGCCCUGAAGUCAUGCUUGAAACACGAAUUGACUUGGUCAAUUUCACAAUGGAUCCUAACACUUUUUAUACCUCACAACUGUACUCUGGAGAAGGAGUCAAUGAUGAGAUUGGUUUUGGAUCUAUAAAAGUCAUGAGGACAUACUCCUCACUCUUGCUGAAGGCAGAAAAGUUGGCAAGUAUUACCUUGGGAUUUCAUCCGCAACUUUAUUUAAAGAACCAUUUGUUGGAGAAGCGUGAUGUGAAACUUCUUCCAAUUGGAUACAGACGUCUUAGAGGUCUUGAAUUUGCACACCACGGAUCUGAGAUUAGAGAACCUUUUGAUGACCUAAUAGUGAUGAACGACAUUGGUCAACCACAGCCUUCUACAAACUAG